UCGAUAAGUAUCGAUAAGUUUCCCAUCACUAGAUGGAAGGUGAUUGUUUUCUUGUUCUGUAUCUAAACAAAAAUGAUUGCGAACAAUAACAUUAUAUAUUAGGGCACAGGAUGAAUUUGGGAGGCUCAAUUCGUAUUAAUAAGUUUGGAUUGUUUCUGAUUGCAAUUGUUCUAGUAGUACUAAUUUAUUAUUCAUCGUCUGGUAAAUCUCGGAAUAGCUAUAGUGCAAACAAAAAUCCUGAUGAAGUUAAUCUGCGGAAGCUUUUGAUUGGAUCUAUUCAAGCUGCCCAAAGAGGAGGGCUCGAGGUAGCGGAAGCAUCUAAAAUUAUCGACUAUAAAGUGCAUAGUAAGGGUAAAACAAAAGAAGGUGCAAAUGAUCCUGUGACAGAUGCUGAUUUCCGUUCUCAUUGUGUUAUGGCCGAUGGUCUACACAGGAUUUUUCCUAAGCUGAAAAUCAUUUUCGAAGAAGAUGAGGCGAAACAAGCGUGUCCAGAUGCAAAACUAUUUGAUUUGGAUCCAACGGUGAUAAACGAAAAUUCAAAUGUUCCGGAUGAUAUAAUUGAUAAUAACGACGUAACUGUUUGGAUAGAUCCAUUAGAUGCCACACAGGAGUACACAGAAAAAUUAUUCAAUUUCGUCACGACUAUGGUUUGCGUGGCAAUAAAAGGCAUCCCCACCAUUGGAGUGAUUCACAAUCCUUUUACCAAGAAAACUGUUUGGGGUUGGUCUGGCAAAGCCAUGUCGGAAACUUUGGAUCUUGUAAAAAAGGAAGACGACGUAAAACCUCAUUCUCGUUCUCAUAGUGGAGAUGUAAAAACCAUUGCUAAGGAUGUGUUUGGAGAAAAUUCGAAUGUUAUCUCCGCUGGUGGUGCAGGAUACCAAGUUUUGCAGGUACUUCAUAACAAUGCGACAGUAUAUCUCCAUUCGACAGCUAUAAAAAAAUGGGACAUUUGUGCGGGUAACGCGAUUCUUGCUGCUGUGGGUGGUAAAAUGACAAAUCUGAAAAACGAAGACAUAUUAUAUAACUACAAAGAUUCAUAUGUGAAUGAAAAUGGACUGAUUGCAACUGCUGUAGAAAGUACACACGAGUUAUAUAUUAAAAAAAUUAUUGAGAAGAAAGUAUUCAUUUAAAGCCUCAAAGUGAAAGGCCAUUUUCAGUUGUAAUUGAUGUUGAAACACAUCUUAUGUCAAGUUUGUGCGAAUUUACUUUUCGGUUCCUCAGUGUGUCGGUUGCUUUUUGAAAUAAGAACGUAAAAGUCAACUACAAGCUUAUAUUCUUGUAAUACCGAAUAAACAUAGCAUCAAUAAAAAGGUAA